CCACUUAACACGUGAACCGCUUGUUGUCAUUCGUCACUUCCUGCGCGGCAGAUCCUAAACUAGCUAAAAAGUUAGCAGCUGGUUCGGCUUGUUUUUAUGAGGAUAUUCAGUAGUUUUGACGAUGAUGAUGGUCAUAUAAGCUGAACAAACUCAAUUGCCAGUUAAAGCGGAGGGAUAAUAUCUCACCGUUGACGACACAUUAGCCUAAUUAGAUGUUGGCUACCGUCUUUUCACACUUUAAGCUAAAAGCUUGGCCCUGCGUUUUCUCCAUGGAUCACAGUUUUACUGGUUACUGCGUGUUAAGGUGAGCUCGAAUUUGUGUUAAUUAGAAAUACUUUACCAUGUCCAACCAGCUGACUGCAGAGCAGCAGCGGAAGAUUGAGGAGAACAGACGGAAAGCUUUGGAGCGAAGAGCCCAAAGACUCGGACAGCAGACUUCAGCGGGAUUUAAUGGUGCUUCAGUGCAGACAAAUUUCCCCAAGCAGAGCGAAAAUCACAGAAAUCCUCCUUUGUCUGUACCACCACGGUUUAUCCCACCUUUUAAAAAAGACUCACAGAUAAGCAGUAAUCAGGUCCAUAGACCAAACCAACAGCCGCUACCUGGUACCACUAGCAAUCAAGUCAACAAAGAUACUCCGAAUAACUUGUCCAGACAGGUUACUGCUCCUCCUCGGACAAAUCAGCACUUGCAAAGCCUUGGGUCAUCUGGUGGAGGAAGUGUUGGUGUGAAGCCAGUCCAGGCCAUUUCUGUCAGAUCUAGAAGUGCAGCUGGUUCAUUCUACAAGCCACCCAGCAUACCUGCAGCGCAGCCUCCUCCAAGCUGCACCACAUCGGCUGCUGCAAAGAAGGCUGCCAUCUCUGUGAGAGGGAAGUGUGUACCUCAUGCAGAGGAUCGUUUCAAGGUGGAAGUGGGCUAUCAUGCAGAGCUUAUUGCCGUUUUUAAGUCCAUCCCUUCCAAGAACUAUGAUCCUGCCACAAAAACAUGGAACUUCAGUCUGGAUGACUACACACAGCUGAUGGACCAGGCAGCUGCCAUUCCCUCGGUUACUCUGAGACCGCUGGAGGGAAUCGGAGCUUUGGACUCGGCGCCCAGCCGACCCUGUGACGGUGCAGCACUGGCGGCGCUGCUGAAGCUGUGUAAUGGCUGGCAGAAACCCGGUGCCAGUGUGCAAGGGCAGUGCAUCCUGGUGUCGCAGACAAGGUUUGAGGUUGACAUCCCUUACCAUGCUGAUGUCAUCGCAGUGUUUAAGCAGAUGCCAACAAAAAACUAUGACAUGAAGACACGAAAGUGGAGCUUUUCACUCGAGGACUACAAGAGACUGAUGGAUUUGCUCAGUGGGAUGGCAGGAGUGGAGGUGGAGCCUCUUCCCAGGGCAGUAAUCCAAACGUUCGCUGCCAGGCUUAACGGGACCAUCGCCAAGACUUCAGACGUCCCCGAGGCGGACCUCUCAAGCAUCGACCCCACCCUCACCUCCACCCUUAUGCCCUUCCAGAAGGAGGGAGUCAACUUUGCGGUGUCUAAGCAAGGCCGCCUCCUCCUGGCUGAUGACAUGGGCUUGGGAAAGACGGUGCAGGCCAUCUGUAUAGCGGCCUACUACAGGAAUGAGUGGCCCUUAUUGGUGGUGACGCCUUCAUCUGUUCGAUUCACCUGGGCUGAGGCCUUCAGACGCUGGCUCCCCUCCCUUAGUCCCGACAGCAUCAGCGUGGCGGUAAAGGCCAAAGAAAACAUGAGGUCUGGUUUGGUCAACAUCGUCAGCUACGACCUGUUGAGCAGGAUGGACAAGCAGCACGCAGGUCCUCCCUUUAACGUUCUCAUUAUGGACGAGUCUCACUUCCUGAAGAACAUAAAGACGGCUCGUUGCAAAGCCGCCUUACCUCUGCUGAAGGCGGCGAAGAGAGUGAUCCUUCUGUCUGGGACCCCCGCGAUGUCCAGACCUUGUGAGCUCUACACUCAGAUUCUGGCUGUCAGACCUUCACUUUUCCCUCGCCUCCAUGAGUUUGGGGUGCGCUACUGUGAUGCCCGGCAGCACCAGCAGAAGAACUGGGGCUGGGACUACUCAGGCUCCUCUAAUCUGGGAGAGCUAAAGCUGUUGUUGGAGGAGGGUCUGAUGCUGCGCCGCCUCAAGUCUGAUGUCCUGUCCCAGCUCCCGUCCAAGCAGCGCAAGGUGGUCACAGUAACCAUAGAAGGGGUCAGUGGCCGGAUGAAAGCUGCCCUGUCGGCUGCAGCCAAGCAGCUGGCCAAAACUAAUCGCAGUAAAAUGGAGGAGAAACAGGCUCUGCUCGUCUUCUACAACCACACAGCUGAAGCCAAGCUGCAGGCCAUUAUGGAAUAUAUCACAGACAUGCUGGAGUGCGGCAGGGAGAAGUUUCUCGUAUUUGCCCACCACAAAUUAGUCCUGGAUCACAUCACCACCGAACUGCUUAAAAAGAACAUCAGCUUCAUUCGCAUCGAUGGGGCGACUCCAUCAGCAGAGCGGCAGCAGCUGUGUGAAAAGUUUCAGUUUUCGUCCAAGUCCUGCGUGGCCGUGUUGUCCGUCACUGCAGCUAACAUGGGUCUCACCCUGCACUCUGCAGAUCUGGUGAUCUUUGCUGAGCUUUUCUGGAACCCAGGGGUUCUCAUUCAGGCGGAGGACAGGGUUCAUCGUAUUGGACAGACUAGCAAUGUCGACAUUCAUUACCUGGUUGCCAAAGGAACUGCUGAUGAUCAUCUGUGGCCAAUAAUUCAGGCUAAAAUGAGCGUGUUGAAAGAGGUGGGUCUGUCUGAAUCCAACCUUUCGGACAAAGCUGAGAACGAAAGCUUCCACUUAAAGGACCCGAAUCAGAAGAGCAUCAUGGAGAUGUUCCAGAGAUCUUUCUCUGAGGAAGACGACUUUGAUGAGGCCAUCCUAAUGGAGGCUGCAAACGACUGGAAGGACGCUCCACCAGAAGCGGAGCCUGCUCCAUACUGCACUGGCACCAGUUUUAGCAAAGAUCCCAACAAAAAGACAAUAAAAGACUUCUUCACCAGAUGACUGGGAAAACUGCUGUAAAUUAAGAAACAAUGUUCACUAUCACCUAAUUAUUCCUUCACUGGAGCCAGACCUAGCUCCUGUUCUAUCAUGAUUCAAGUUAAAUGUUUCAGCUCUUUUGCAAAUGUGAAAUACACUAGAGUUGAUCUUAUUUCAAAUGUAUGUGUUCUACAAUUAAAGGAAAUGCCUAAAUAAAACUCCAAAGAGUCUAAAAUUGAA